AUGGGCACAUCCUCCGUCAUCGCUGCCAUGAGCAAAGCCCCUAAAAGUGCGAGCACGCUAGUCGUCGUGCCGCUAGUGCUUACAUCCGCUGGCAUCACCGGUUACGCUCACUAUACUCGCAACGCUGCGUUGGAGCAAGAGCGGGCACAACACCUCCACCAGCACGUGGCAUUAGCGUGGAAGGGCACGCGAUAA